AUGCCGCUUUGUACUGCAAUCGGUUGUUGCAAUAAAAGCUACCGAAAAAGCAAAGAGCAAAUUAAUAUUGAAAAAAAUAUUGCAAUUACAUUUCACCGAUUUCCACAAGAUGAAUCAAAAAAAUUAACUUGGGCUAAAGUUAUGGGCCUUCAGAUGGAAUGUUUACCCAAGUCUUCACAUUUAUGCUCGUUGCAUUUUUCGGACGACGACUUCGAUCGCAGUUCCCUGACACGAAUAAGAUUGAGAGAAAAUGCCAUUCCAAUUUCAAAUAUUUCAAAAGUUGCGGGUGCAGAAGAAAUCUCUUUGCAAAGUAAUACAUUGUCAGCUACAUCAACAGAGUCGGUGCACGAGGAUGAUUCGAUUUGCGAGCCGGAAAUAAGCAGAAUUACAUUAAAAAGAAAAAGAGAAGAAGAGUCUACUUCAUUUGGUGUGUAUACCGAACGACUGGAGGAUACACCACGGAAAAAAUUAUUGCGCAAAACUUUAAUGCACCAAAAGAAAUAUUAUGAAAGGCAAGUGCAAACAUUAAAACAAAAAAAUAAGCGGUAUGAGAAACGGAUCGCGCAAUUGAAUACAGUUCUAAAAGAACUCAAACAAAAAAGUUUAUUGGCAGACGAACAUGCCGAUAUAUUAAAAACAAUAGACUUGGUUUCCCCAUCCAAUUACAAAUGA